AUGACUUUCCCUUCUGAACUUGACAACACUGUCAAGCUCGAGGACCCGGACGCCUUGCACGACCGGUUGUUUGUUAAGAAGGAAGAAUUGGAUGCAGACUCGUAUAAGGACCUUGUUUUCAAGCCUAAACCCGUCAAGAGAACAAGAACAAAAUACCGACCUCCAAACGGCACAAUAUUGAAUCUAGACGGCUGCGCCACUUUGAAGUCUUUGAAUGACACCUACGACUACGACGACGUGUUGUUUAUGUGCCAGGCCCUUUCAAAAUCAAAGAAAAUUGUCACAAUCACCGGAGCAGGAGUCUCUGUCGAGUCUGGGAUUCCUGAUUUCCGUUCCGCAAACGGCCUGUUUCAAGGCUUUGCCUCGAAAUCAAACGGAUCAGGUAAAAACCUGUUUGAUUACAACGUGUUCCGGUCCUCAGAAUCCAUCAAAGAGUUCGAAAACAUGAUCCAUAAACUGUACAUUCUAUCAAACAACUGUCAACCGUCUCCUUUUCAUUUGAUGCUCGACAAAAUUUCGCACCAAGGACGUCUUUUGCGUCUUUACACCCAAAAUAUUGACUGUCUCGACACCCAACUGCCCAACUUGCAGACCAAAGUGCCCCUGGCUUUCAAAAAACCGUACCCUAAAACCAUCCAGCUACACGGGAAUAUUAACCUUGUUAAUUGCUCUAAAUGUCAUUACGUGAAAGAACUAGACAAGUCGUUUUUCGAUGAAAAUCGCACCGUUAUACAAAAUUGUCCAGAAUGCGAGGAGUUGAACGCAGUGCGUGCAAUCGCCGGCCGCAGAGCUCAGUCGGGCGGUGUUCUGAGACCCAGAAUAGUGUUAUACAACGAGUUCCAUCCAGACGGUGAAAUAAUCGGCAACAUCACCGAGUCCGACUUGAAAAGCCGCCCGGACUGUUUGCUUGUUGUUGGGACCACCUUGAAAAUUCCAGGGGUCCGUCGUCUGGUGAAAGAGAUGGCCAAAGUUGUUCAUUACAACAAGGGAAGCGUGAUAUGGGUCAACGUUGACCAGCCGUCUCAGUCCAUUGUGGACUAUGUUGAGCAUUUCGAUCUUAUCGUCACUGGAAGUUGCCAAAUACUCCCGUCAUUACUGGAGGAGUACGAAGCGUUGCAACCAAAGAAACGGCAAAGAAAGCCCAAAGAAGCAGGGCCAAAGAAUCAGUCCCAAUCCACAUCGUCCUCUGGGAUUUCCACCUCGUCAUGA